AUGGAAAAAAAUAGUUCAGAUUAAAAAAUCAAGCUAACUAAAUAUUGUAUCAAAGGUUUCGACUACGCUGAGAGAAAUACUGUUAAUUAAUACUCUCUUCUAGAUAAGAUAGGUGAAGGAAGCAUAUCCAAAAUUUUUCUAGCUUUAGUGAACUAAACGUAAAAAAAAUACGCAAUAAAGAGAAUACCUAAGAAUCACUUAAAAAACAAGCAGUCAAAGGCAUAUAAGGAAACAUGGAAUGAAAUUGAUAUUUUGGAAAAAGCGAAUCAUCCAAAUGUCAUUUAAAUUUACGAGGUUAUUGAUCCAAGUGAUGAUAAAGGGGAGUUUUAUUUGAUUUUAGAGUACUGUGAAAAAGGUCAGUUGCUUGACUACAAUGAAGAAACUAAGCUGUUUGAGCCGAAAACUGAUAAAAAGAGGGAAUUUUAUUCAGAAGAUGAGAUUAGACAGUACAGUAAUUAAAUAGCAUCAGGUCUAGAUUAUUUGCAUUAUGAAGGGAUUAUUCAUUGUGAUUUAAAGCCACUAAAUAUCUUAUUAGAUGAGAAUAAUAUUGCUAAAAUAGCAGACUUUGGUGUUUCAUAAAAACCAAAAGACGGAGAUUUAAUGAGUAAUUCCAAAGGCACAUUCGAAUUUUUAUCACCUGAAUUGGUUUAGAUGACUCCUAAAUCUGAUAAAAUAUCUGGGAAAGCAAUUGAUUUAUGGGCUUUUGGCUUAAUUAUCUAUUGUAUGACUUUUAAUGAUUUACCUUUUUCAAUUGGACCUGGUGUACUGAAUAACAUUAAGAAAUUUCAACUUGAUUUUACAGGUAAACGAAGAAUUUCAUACGGAUUAAAAGCCCUCAUUUAAGGUCUCCUGUAAAAAGAUCCAAGUAAUAGAUUCACAAUGCAGGAUGUAUUUAAUGAUCCAUGGUUUAACAAUUAGCAUAAGGAUAAAGAUGUAGAUUACAGUGCUCUAAAUGUAACUCCAUAAGAUUAGUAAUAAUCAUAAAGACUUUUGCCUCCUAUAAAUGCUAAAAAUGGUUAUUCAGAGUAACAGCAAAGAAAUAAAGUUUAAUCUGAAGUAGAUAACUACUUGCAUGUAGAUAUCUUAGAGGACGCUUAAAAGUAAAAGCAUCAUUCAAAAGAAAAUUAGCCGAUAGCAAGCUACACUAAAUCUAGAAAACAGAGAAAAUAAGAAGAGGAUGACUUAGAUGCCGAUCUAUUCUCUUGA